AUGACUUCCAAGCAACCCAACCCCAAUCAUCUCCAAGCCAAAAUUCAGUCCCUCGAGCGUGAAUACGCAUGCGCGUACAACGCCCUCAAACAGAAGGAUGCCGCCCUCGAGCACUAUGCAGAAGUCAUCGGUGACCUUUACACGCGUCUCUACGAGAAGGAGAUGACCAGCUCCAGGUCUUCUAAUGACAAAGGUUUGAUCAGGGCUCUUAGGGGUCUGGUCUUCGACCAGUGCACGAAGCACCACAAUUGGGAGGUCGUCCCUUCUACAAACGACAAGCGCAUCGUGGCACUGGAGAAGCUUCUCAGGGCUAAGGAUUCGGAGAUUGAGCGGUUGCAUACGGAUGCUAUUGCCAAGAACCAGGAGAUUGAGUCUUUGCAGACUCGCGUCCGCAAGCUGAUUCUUGGAAGUGUCUCUGCCAUGAGCAGCCAGUUUGACAGAGAUCAGGCGUUUGAUGAGUUACAUAACACUAUUCGCCAGCAGUCAGAGGAGAUCAAGAACUGUACCCGGAAGAAUGAGCUUCUUGAGAGGAUUGGUGCGAAGAAUCACUUCAAGACACGUGCUCUGCAAGAAGAGAUUGGAAUGCUCCGUAUUAGAGAGUACAGUUACCUUAAGGAGAUUGAUGAGCUCAAAAAGAAGAACGACAAGCUGAUUCGGCAGAUUGCCAAGCUUGAUGAUCACAUUAACAGGCUUGCGGAACACAUUGUUGUGAGCAGCGGGCUCCAGGAUUGGAUCGCUGUGGGAAUGCCUGAAGUGACUGCCAAGGAGGAGGACAAAGAGCCCUCGGUGGGGGAGAAGAAUGACAACAAGGAGGAGGACAAAGAUGAGGAGAAUGAUGAGGAGGAAGGCCAUACUAGUGCAGGUUGGGCUAUGGUCCCUGACUUCAAGACGGGGUCCUGCGUGGUUUCUUGA